AGAUGGCGGAUGUGGCCGCGGGGCCCGGGCCGGAAGGAGCUGCUUCUUGGAGUCGGGACCUUUCUGAUGAAGACCAGCUGCUUGUGUAUGUUCCAGGAGUUUCUGCAGAGAGGAAUUUUAGCGCAAGACAUCUGCUGAGAAAUCAGAAAGCAGAAGCAAAGGCGAAGAAACCCGUCGCGGCUGUUUCGGUCCCCCCAAUGGAUGCCUUGAAACCCGCUGGAGAAACGGCUGGGCAACAGGUCCCUGACAAAGGAGGAGUGAAGAGUGCUUCUCUAAAGGAUUUAUGUCCCGAAGACAAGAGGCGCAUCGCAAACUUAAUUAAGGAGCUUGCAAGGGUGAGUGAAGAGAAGGAGGUGACGGAGGAGCGGCUGAAAGCCGAGCAGGAGUCAUUUGAGAAGAAGAUCAGGCAACUUGAGGAACAAAAUGAACUCAUCAUCAAAGAAAGGGAAGCCCUGCAGCAGCAGUACAGAGAAUGCCAGGAACUGUUGAGCCUUUAUCAGAAGUAUCUCUCCGAGCAGCAAGAAAAGCUAACGCACUCCCUUUCGGAGCUUGAAGCUGCCAAGCAAAAGGCACAUCAGAUGUCCCAUGAGAGAAGCCUUUGUCAGCCAGUGACACACUUUGGACUGGAUGGGUCCUACCUCAAUAUAGCCAAACCACAGACUUUAUACAAAAACAAUAGAAGCGGUCCUUUCGCAUCUGGGGCUCAGCCGUGUCGGAAUAGUCACGUUCCGGAGGCUCCAAUCCUUGAUGGCAGGUCAGAAGAUCAGAACCAAUGCUUACAGGAAAAUGGGUUGCAUGGGAAAUACAAUAACCUGGUGUCCCCAGGCCAGUCGAAGGAGCUUCCCCAUAUGAAAAGAACUCCUGAUACAAGCCAGAGAAGCAGUGAGUGUCCUAUUCAAACUUGUGUUUUUCACAAGAAGGCUUGUAGCUCUGAUCACAGUUUCUUCCAAGACGGCUACCACACUCCAAGAAGAUCUACGGGAUUGCGUUGCGAAUCGUCCCCAGAUUACUCUUGCCCCUCCCGUUCCUCAGGGCCAAACGGCAGCACAGGCUCCGGAUCAAAAGAGGAGGGGCGGGGCAAAAGGUUAUCGGAAGACAGGAGGAAGCAGCUGUUGCUUCAGAAAAUGGAGCUGGAAAUUGAAAAAGAGCGCCUUCAGAAUCUCUUGGCCGAAAAGGAAGCCAGGCUCUUGUUGCAGCAGCAGCAGCUGCAGCAGUCCAGGCUGGCUUACAGCAGGUUUAAAGGCCACCCUUCUAAUUCAGAGGAACUGCUUAUUGAUGCAGCGUUGAUGAGACCGGGCGGUACGGCCCCUGUGAUGAAUGGCCCUGGUGGGGGUCUCAGUCCCCCCCGGCCUGACCGUGAAGGUUGCUACUCCAGAACGCCAGCAUCAGCGAGAAGCUGCAGAACCCCGGGAAGUGGUGGAGGAAACGGAUCAGGGAAGAAAAUGGUUGGCUUUGGCAUGGAUGCGGAAGAGGGAGUCCCUUGGAGGCAGGGCGAGAAGGAACGGGUCAGACCAAGAAGAGGGACAGCUUCGGGCUCCCGGAAGGAUGCGGCUACAUCGCCUGGACUGACAGGCUGCCGGAAAGAGCUUGUAACAGCAGCCACGUCCCCAAUCCGGCAUGACACCACAGGAUAUGAAGCCUCUCUCUUUGACCUGGUUGAAGCGAUGAGUCCAGGGCUCCAGCAUCACUGCAGCGAACGUUGUGGCCACCACAGGGUGCUCGCGCCACAAAGUGGCAGCAGGAAGAACCCAGGCUGGAGUCGGAGGCAUUCCGGGGCCAGAAACGGGGCGGCCGAGCUAGAAGAGAGCCGCAUUUUAGAGGAAAUCUUUUUCAUUUGAUGGGCCUUCUGGCCUUUGCAGCCUUUCCAGUGGAUCUGAGGACCUUUUUUCCCUUCCUAAUGUGGGUGUGUUUACAUAUCAGAAUAUUGGUUUUAAAUUAUUUGAUUGAUGAGUAAUUAUCUUCUAACUUCCCUACAGCAAAUUAAUACCAUCUCCCCCUCCAGCUUCCAAAUCAUGUCAUAACAUCUGUUUGAGUUUGUUUCUUUUCUUUUUAAUUGGCUGCUCAGAGGAUUAGGCGAGUGUUUUUGAGCACCUCCUAUGAACUGUUAACAAAGUAUACUUUAUAAAGGAAAAAUAUUAAUGCCAUUGUGGAAGGGAUUAGUAUUUAAUUAUUGAUUUCUAGCUUAUUAGCCAUUUGCUAGAGCUGUAUCUCUCAAGCAACACGCAGAUGCGCGCACGCAGACACACUUGAACAAACUAUAUCUUGUUUUACAAGCAAGAACCAAGGGGCAGCACAGCCAGCCACAGGAACAAACGGAGGCAAAGAAAUACUCCAUUGGACCAGUUUGCUUGCGCCACCACAUUUUGAUCCAGAAGGAUCAGAGGCGAAGAAUGUGCUAUGUCACUAAUCUAUUUGUAGAAGAUUACGGCUAAAUAUUGGGGUUCGACAUAUAUGUACGAGAUGGGAAGCAGCGGACCUCUGGAAUCUCCUCCCCGUUGGGCAUUGUACCAUUUAAUUGUUCCUAAGGAAGAUAAGCUGCAGCUGUUUUCAACACAGAUUUUUUUUUUGUUCAUGAGUUUCUUAAAAAAGUAUGUCUCUUGCUUUUAAAAAAAAGGAAAGACAUAAUGGACUCCUGCAUCAGGCACAGCUGUCUACUGAGAGAGCACACCCUUGGCGCUUACCUGCUUAAUAAAAUCUGCCCUCACAGAAAUCCGAAUAGCAUUUUCUCCCCAUUUCCAUGUGAAAAGGCCUGCAGUUUAGGGGCCUUUCCCGAAGAGUUUUCUUUUCUCUGACUGGUGCUGCCCUGCCCUCACCCCUUUACGUUAAUGUAGAGAGACAAAGCAGGAAUUACUUUCACCGGCCCUCUUGCAGUGCGUGUCCCUCCCUCCGGCUUUAAUUAUUCAUGCCUUAUCGAUUUCAGUUUGUUUUAGAAGCCGCCCCCUUCCACCGUAUGCUCUCAGCUAUUUACCAAAAUCUGCAAAAUUGGUGAACAUGACUGCAGAUUGCAGGGUCGACGCUCACUUUCUGCACAAGGCAGUGUUCAGAUUUAGCGGAACCUCGGAAGAUUGCGCCCUUUGUGCAGUGGAAAGGCAGGGCUGGAAGGCUGUCCUGCCACUCCUCGGUGCGUUGCUGGGGGACGGGACAGCUCUCUAUCCGGACCUGCUGUUCCUAAUUUUAGCCUCCUCUGUGCAUGCACCAACCCCUCCAAAACUGAGCUGCUCCAAGCUGCUGACCAGGUGAUCCCUUGGGCCAGGAGCAAACAGGAGCAGCAGGGCCUCGUAAAGCAGGUGGCGUUCCUCAACGCUUCCAUGCGGAGUGAUGCCACUUUCAGGACCUCCUAUUCUUUUGCAAGAUGGGCCUGAUUCAUCAAGGUUACCAUUGAGCUCUCAGUUCUGCUCCAUAAUAUGAUUAGAUUACCAGUCAAAGUGGGAACUGCUGUUCUGGAAUAUAUUACAGUUCCAGUGCAACAGACCAGUAGAAUUCGUUGUGCCCAGCCGAGGCCCCUGCUGGAGUGUAUGAACGAGGCAUCUGACCCUCCCCUUCUGUGGCCCUUGUUUCUGAUGUUCAGUCUCACUGCGCUCUCGGGGGGGGGGGGGGCUAGCACUAUCUGUCAGGGCUGCAGGCCACUGCUGAUCAACUGGACCGUCUCUUUCUGCUAUUUGAGCAUAUGGGAAUUCAGCUUCAAAUAGGAGUUACACAACAGCAGGGGAAGAGGAAUGAAAUCGGUGAUUUCCUUCCUUUUUCAAGAUCUCUUUUCUUGAUGGUUUUUCUUUGGAAACAAGUUUAGGCAUCUUGCCCUUAGUUUUUCAUCUUUUCCCAGCCACUUGCCUUUUGAAGACGUGACUUUUCAGCCUUGAAAGGUGCCUUCGGUUGUACAUUUCAGAUCUCUCUCCCGAGUGAUUUUCGUCUCCAGUUCUCAUUAGGUGCCAAUACAUGACCCCUUUUUAAUAUUGAAUCUCAGAUUUUCGAUAAAGCUCUUGAUAAACAGGUCGGCUUAGCGCUGUUGAUUUUUGUGUCAAAUUGUACCUGGGUUGUCAAUGUCUUUGCAAAGGGCCGUUGUCACGGGUUUGGCUUUAAACUCUCUCCAUAAUGGUAAAAUUCAUCCAUAGGAAAGGUCUGCCAAUGAGGCAGACUUCUUUAAAAAAAAAGUUGCACCGAGAAGAGGCCAAGGUGCAACUUGUGUGAGUUGCUCAGCCGUACUCGAUUCAAUUAUGCAAAGGUCAUACAUGGUGUUGAAAAGUUGAUUGUCUUUUUGAUGUGUGUGUUGUGGCUAAUUUGAGCUGAAUGGUAAAUGUGCAGGGGGGUGGGAUUGUCCUUGUGAACAUCUGAAGACCACCAGCAGGGAAUUUUGUAUAUUGUUUGGGCAGUCUGAAAAUCUCCAAGAUGUGUUUCAUACACUGGCUGGGAGGAACGUGCAAAGAGUUUUAAGUAGCAAGUGUCUCUGCAGAGGGACUGAGCAAUGUGUGAAAUAGCCCUUCCAGCUGUGCACAUAUCCUGCAUCAUUUGGAGACUCUGUCUGUUGGUUGGGCAAUGUGCCAAAUCCCCCAUGUACGCUCUUGUGUGCACACAUGCUCCACAGCGUUCCGCGAAUGUGCAUUUUCCAUGCAUCUCUCAUUCUCCCCGCAGCAUGUCUAACCUCCAGAAACCAAAUUUAUAAUUCCUCCAAUGUAGACCUCACUGUUGCAGAUCUCGGUAGGAUUGUGCAAACAGUGUUUAGUUGCCAAUGAGAGCAAAAAAAAAAGAGAGAUUUUGCUAGGAGGCAUUAUAAAGUGGAAGUUAUUAACAGGCAUUUAUGGCCUGGCCGGGGCGGGGGUGGAAUCAAUAGCGUUCAGAUGGAAAAAGGACAAAAAUCAGUGUUUGGGGAUAGAGAAGGGAGUUCUUUUUUCCAUGUGCUGAAACAGUAGAAGAGAAUCAAAAUUUGAACUACUGAAAGAAGCUUCUCGUCCCUGUCCGUUUACAUUUUAAACUCUUCUCGCCGAAAUUUCCAAUCCGGAAGAAGAGCAGGGAGUGAAAGGGGAGGGACUCAGUCUCCAGUCUGUUGCGGGAUGCAGUGGAACCGUCAUGGCGUCAUGUUUCCUUUGCCUGAUCUCUCCCCACCCGUUGGCUUUUCCCAGUGGCUGGUUGGUGCCUUCUGAUUCAUGUUUCUGUAGCCCUCCCCACAAUGCACUUUGAAAACAAUGGGUCUGUGAAACAGCCACACUCAUCCCCCCUGCCCCACCCCUACUUCUCGGGUUCUGCUUGGUAAAUACUUCCUUAAACUUGAUUGGAUCUUUGCCUAUAAACAUGUGUGAUGUUUUAAUUUAAUAAAUUAUCAAGGUGAAUUUUU